AUGGGCCUUAAGGCACGGGAAGCUGCAGGUUUGGGCCAUCUGGUGUUUGGAGGCCCAGGGCUCGUGUUCCAGGUUUACGAAGGCUACCGCCUGCUGGGCAUCCAGCAGUGCACGAGAGAUCGCCUGAAGGGCCUCAUCCUGGAGGAUCAGAACGGUGGGGAAGUCGCACCUCGGCCGGCAGAAGAGCUGGCGGCCGCAGAGCGCGAGCGGGAGAAGAGGUUCCCUGCUCCCGAGGCCGCCCGGGCGCCCAUGGGCAUCAUGGAGGAUUUCGGGGCCAGUCCGGCCGGCCUGCCGCAGAAGCUUUUGGCCUGCCGGCUGUGCAUCACCGCCGACGCGCUCAACGUCGACCCCGACAUUUUCAACUCGGUCCAUGGAAAUGGCCUCGUCUACGACGGCCGGCUGAUCGUGGACCACAACUUCUGCUCCACAGAUCCUGGCAUCUUCGGGGCCGGCUCCCUUUGCGAGUUCAGCCGCCGCUUCCAGCGGAAGGAUGCUGCGCGAUACCUGAGACAUGAUGGCUUCAAUGGGCGUGAGGUCGGUGGUAAGCUCGCCACCGCCUUGCUCAAGAAGCUGGAUCCUGUGAAUGGCGACUCGGUCGCGGCCGGUGGACCUUCCGUCAACACCGGCAGCACUGAAAGCAUUCAACUCAAGAUGUUCUGA